CCCACUCGUCGCCGGUCGCCCCCACCUCCCCUCUCCUCCUGAUCAGACUUCCCUCUCUCUCGCCGCUCUCCCCGCCUCCCCUUUUUCUUCUGGCUUCAGCCAUGAGGCAGUGGAAGUCGCUGGUCCCGGCGCUGCACCUGCACGCCCCCGCGCCGCCCUGCUUCCCGCAGCCGCCGGCGCCGUCGCCCUGCCCCUCGCCGCCCAGGGACGGGGACGGGGAAGACGACAACCAGCUGCCCCGGCCUCCCCUGGAGCAGCAGCUGCAGGUGGUGCGGCUGGUGGGGUGCGACGGGCGGGUGCGCGCGUACCCGCCGCCCGUGACGGCGCGGGAGCUGAUGCAGCAGCACCCGCGGCACCUGGUGUGCCGCGCCGACGCGCUGCUCAUCGGGGAGCGGAUCCCCGCCGUCGCGGCCGGGGAGGAGCUGCAGCCCGGGCAGGCCUACUUCCUCCUCCCGGCGCACCUCUUCCGCUCCGUCCUCUCCUUCGUCUCCCUCGCCUCCUCGCUGCUGCUGCUCCUGUCGACGACGACGGCCUCCGCGCGGGGCAAGGCCGCGGGCGCCAAGGCGGCGGGCCCGGGCCGCCCGUUCGAGCUCCACCGCACCGCGGCGGGCACGCUGCAGAUCAAGUUCUCCGACGACUUCCUCGUCGGCGGGGCGGACGGGGACGGGGCGGCGCGGCGGGAGCCCGCGGCGCCGGUGCUGCGCGGGGACGCGCGCCUCGCCAAGGAGUACGAGGAGCUCGUCGGGUACGGCAAGUCCCGCCGCUGGGCGCCCAAGCUGGAGACCAUCGAGGAGGUCGUCGCCGUCGCGGCCGCCGCGGCGGCCGGCGCCGGCGCGCCCAACCCGGAGCGCAGGAAGAGCCGCGCGCUGCCGUUCCUCGGGCGCCUCGGCAGCCGGCGCCGCCGCGACGCGUGCGCCGGCGGGAGCGCCGUCGCGUGCUCCGGGUAGCUUGCUAGGUCCGGGUCGUUUAGGUAGCUAGCCCGGGCGGCGGCUCGCCGGCCGGCCGGGCGCCCUUGAUCUGUAAUUAGGGGAGACAAAUUUUGGUGCCGGUGAAUCUGUAAAAAUGGGGUGGCCGACAGAUUUUCCUGA